AUGCUGGCUUUGACCAGUCUUGCACAUAGAGAUCCACCUGCACAUGCAGCACAUGUCUGUGGACCCUAUCCAGCGGAUCUGCCAAAAGCCACCAAAAAGGUGUCGUGCUCAUGUGUUCGCUUGCUAGCCACGGCUGAGUCAUUGACCGCUGUGACCCAAACGAGCGGUCAACACGAGCUGCACACUGAAAUCCAAACCUGCCAAACAGGUUUGCUGUCUUUGACUUUUUUGGCCCAGAUGGCGUCUGCACAGGCGGAUUCUCAAUGGGGCUCCAGACUCAAGAGUCGUCGAUCCUUCUACAAUCUAGAACGAGAGGUGAUCUCGAAGGACAACUUUAAUGAAGAAGACAAGGAGAAGUUCUUCGCCAACUUGGACGACGAAGUGACGGAGAGAAAACUCCGGCAGGUCUGGAGCAAUUUGAAGCUUUCUGGUUCAUAG